AUGAUUAACAGAUUGGUGUAUCGUCAGUAUUUCAAGGUUUCUCUGGUUAUUCCCUUAUUUAUUGUAUUAUUCUGCGCCAGCGUUUAUAGUGCAACCACAGCCCUGGAUCGCAAUGCAUACACGAUUUACUAUAACAAUAAGGCGCCCAACAAGGACGGUGACUACAAAUUCGACUUUCAAACAUCGAAUGGGAUUACGAUCAAGGGUGCCGGAAAUGCCAACGGGGCAGUGGGUGCCAUACAAUAUGUCUCCCCUGAGGGUUUGCCCAUAACAUGGACCUAUGUGGCAGAUAGUGAUGGCUAUCAUCCGACCGGUGAUCAUAUACCAAUGAGGCCGGAAUAUAUCGACAGAGCAUUGGAGUAUAUACGCACACAUCCGCAGGUGAAUGAAGAGGAAUCACGUAAACUGUGA